GUGUUAAAGCACUAUAUAAGGAGGAACAGGUCCCCUUGAAUGUCUGCUGAAGACAGUCACCAUGAAGUUCGUGAUCUUGGCUUUGUUUGUCGCUGGUGCCUACGGGUGUGGCUUGCCCACCUUCCCUCCUGUUAUCACCAGGGUGGUUGGUGGAGACGAUGUCCGUGAGAGCAGCUGGCCCUGGCAGGUGUCUCUGCAGUACAAGAGUGGCAGCAACUUCUACCACACCUGCGGUGGCACACUGAUCUCCAACCAGUGGGUCCUCACUGCUGCUCACUGCAUCGGCAGUCGCACCUACAGAGUGUACCUGGGAAAACACAAUCUGAAGACCAACAAUGAGCCUGGCUCCCUGGCCAUCAGCCCCUCCAAGAUUGUUGUUCAUGAGAACUGGGACUCUUACAGAAUCCGUAACGACAUCGCCCUGAUCAAGCUGUCAACUCCCGUCACAUUCUCCAAUUCCAUCAUGGCUGCCUGUCUUCCCAACUCUGGCGACAUCCUGCCUAACAAGGCUCCCUGCUACGUGACUGGCUGGGGCCGUCUCUGGACUGGAGGUCCUAUUGCUGACAUCCUGCAGCAGGCUCUCCUUCCUGUGGUCGACCACGCCACUUGCACCAAGCCUGACUGGUGGGGCAGCCUGGUCACCAACAACAUGGUCUGUGCUGGAGGAGAUGGACAGCUGGCUAGCUGCAAUGGAGACUCUGGUGGUCCCCUGAACUGUCAGAACCCUGAUGGCUCCUGGGACGUCCAUGGUGUGGUCAGCUUUGGCUCAAGCAUGGGCUGCAACUACCCCAAGAAGCCCUCCGUCUUCACUAGGGUCAGCGCCUACAUCUCCUGGAUCAACAACGUGAUGGCCAGGAACUAAGAUGUGGAUCGUUUGUGUUAGUGCUGGUUUGCACUUCAACAUCAAAUAAAGAAUGUAGUGGUUAA